AUGAAAGAGGAAAAAUUGGAACCGUCCAACAUAUCAGAUACUAUAAUCUCGGAAAUCGAAUCUGCUCUAUCUAAAGCUAAAAUUGCGUACGAAAAGUCGGCGCCUUACAAACAAUCAAAUAACUCUUCUCGAAAAACUGAUGAAAUGAUCAAAAACUCUGUAAAACCUAAAGAGCCGUCAUCGGUUAGGAGUUUACAAAAGAUGAAAUUGGAAUCCCUUAGUCCAAGCGCCUUACCUAAGCGCUCAUAUACUAGAACUAAUCCAGCUGUUGCUGUUAAAUUUCCUCGACAGGGGGGAGCUCCUUCCGAAGCGGUGGUUCUUCGGAAAAAAGCUAAGUCAUGGUUGUCUUCUAAAACUUCAGAAAGUUUUGCUGAGUCUUCAAAUGGUUCAUUUAAUUCGCAGACCUUUUCAAAACAGAGCGAUCGCUCAUCUUAUACAUACAACAUGAAUAAACCUAAUCCGUCAAUGUCUUUGGAAUUGAAUGAAAUUUCCCUUCAACGAAUCAAAGACAUAAUUGCUUUGUCCAAAUCAAUGGAAAUGUAUACUGAAGAAGCAUUGAUAGGUUUUAAUGAUAGCGCCGCCCAAAUUGACUUUCUCAAUUUCUGUGGAAAUCUUGUUAAUCAUGUCCCCUUCAAUAUUGAAUAUAGUCUCCACUUUUUCUCGCAUAAUUUAUCGGAAUUAACCCUGCUUUUUGACCAGUUCACAAAGAUUUACGAAGUUGUUGACUGGAAUGUCGCAACUCCGCGACAACACCACUGGCGUCGUGUUAUGUUGGAAAAUUUCUUGGCUCUUUUUAAUAUCGCUGAAUCAUUUAAACCGAUCCUCAUUGGGAAGCCAGAAGAAUCCAAUGCAACUUCCCUCAAUGAAAUCUUGGGUGAUGAAUUUCCUUCCUUAGAGACACUCUGGAAAGCCUAUGUUUGUACUGGUCGUGAACUUCCCUUAUCCUACGCUGAUCCUCCAGUUGAAUUUCCGUCUCGGAGAUGUAGAUUAACUAUUGGUUCAGCCAUCUUUCCAAGCAGUUCUAAAUCUCGCCAAGAUUUUGAGGAAAUGCUUGAUUUCUGGUCUGAAAUCUUUCACCUCCAAAGACGGCUGCAAAUUCUCAACUUCGUCGAAAAACAGCUACCCCUUUGGUUAGGAUGCUCUGCCGAUAAAUCUAGGAUUAAGGCUUCUACUCUGCGGUUGCUCUGUCAAAUCGCGUGUGAUUGUUUUCCCGUGACUGUUGUCAACAACUGA